AUGCAAUACAUAAGUUGUCGUGAGAGGGCUGGGACCAAAGCUGGUUUCGGGGUCGCUCUGAUCAGUUUGGAUCAGUCCAAAGCAUUGGAUAGGGUCGACCAUAGCUACUUGGAGGCCGUUCUGAAUGCAGGAAGUUUCGUACCUGUUUUCAGAGACUGGAUCGCUGCAAUGCACAGCGACACCUGCUCAGUGGUCAAAGUGAACGGUCACCUAUCGAAAGUGUUUAGUAUCGCAUGCUCGAUCUGCAAGGGCUGCCCGCUCUCACCUCUUCUGUACGUAUUGGCACUUGAUCCACUACUGCGGAAAUUGGAACAGUUAAGGGGCAUCCAUUACCUGACACGGAAGGGCAGUGUCAUGAUGUCAGACGUCUCCGAAGUGGAGACGGUCGGUACCACUCUAGCGGAAUAUGAGUCGGUUGCAGGGACUAAUGUCAACGCCGACAAAUCGGUGGGUUUGCGGUUGGGCUCCUGA